UCCUGUCCAGUGCAGUCACAGGGCGGAGGGUCAGAGAAGGCGGGGAGCACAGGUUCUCCCUUCUUUCCUCUCCUCCCCACUCCUCUCCUCUGCAGUCCGCCGCGGUUCAGCAGCUUCGGCAGCAGCAUGACGGUGGGCGCCAGGCUCCGAGGGAAGGCGGAGGGCAGAUACCUUCGCAGGUUCCCGAGGCGGGAGCAAGAGGAGGAGGAGGCCUAUAUCCUGCAGCACCCGCAAUUAGAAGAAGAGGAGGAAGAAGAGGAGACUGAGGGGCAAGAAGUACCUCUGCAGCGCCCGGGGCCCCAGGAUGAGGCGAGGGAGGAGAAGGCACCUCAUUCCAAGAAAGUUCACUUUGCCUUUUUGCCGGAGAGUUACGAGCCCCUGGAGGAGCAGACAGCCGGAGAAAAGCCCAAAAAGAAAUAUAGGAAGAAGCUCAAGAAAUAUGGCAAGAAUGUUGGGAAAGUGAUCACCAAAGGAUGCCGAUACUUUGUCAUUGGUUUGCAAGGACUUGCCACGGCUUACUCAUCACCCUUUACAGCAUCAGCUACCCUCCUUUCCUUGGUUCGCUAAAAGAAAUCAUGGAGGCAGUGUUGACCUUGCUGCCUGGGAAGAACACAUCAUGGACUUUGACCCAGAAACUACUUGGGACUAGAGAGAAAAAACACUCUUUUCUUGUUGAGGUGGAUGAGAAGUGUUAAUGAAUCUGUCCCUUCCCUGCUUUCUGGUGCUUUUCAUCUUUGAAGUGUCCUGCUAUCAAUGGAAUCCUGGUCAAAGGGAAGCACGUGCAAUGAAAUAUAAGGCCAAAAAGAUGAGUUGAGGUUUCUCUCAGACAAGAUUCUCAGUUAUAGAAAAAUUGGUUUGCUAAAUACUGAGUCUGUGGCUCAGUAGUCUGAAGGAGAGCCAUGAGAAAGGCAGAAUCCAGGAGGGUGAACUUAAUGGGAAGGAGACUCUCAGUGAAUUAAGAUGGGGAGAAAUUUUGGCAGAGAAUUGGAUGCUUGGUGAUCGUGAGUGAAUCUUGAGUUGAUAAACAACUUUUGCCCAACACCUAGAAUCUUGUCUUCGAAGAAAUUCCCGUGUAAUGCAUCUUUACAGCUGCCCUCAUUUUGAGGACAGACUUCUGCUGGUUUUUUCUGUUGCUGAAAGCUUGGUUACCAUUAUGAAAAACAAUAGACAAGGCCAAUGAAUUUUGAAGAAUAAGGUAUCUUGAAAGCAGCAUUCUUGAAUUUGAUAUUAUUCAAAUUUAAGAAUUGCCUAUGAUCGCCUAAGUAUCUCUUUGGCUUGAAAGGGCUGUUGACAUUGAAUAAAUGUAUAAAGUACAAAGCCUGGAAAUUUCAGGAAGGUCAAUGAUUGUUUGACCUGGUUUAAUCUGAAGGUCUGCUCGGGACGUUUUACCAGUCUAGCCCACCCAAUUUAAGGCUAAGCAGACCUUUAUUGGAACAGCUCCGUUUGUUAUCUGAUUAGUGCAAAUGAAAUGCCCAACCAGGGAUACUAAAUCUCCCUUUUACUAUUCUUCUGCCAUUUCUACUGGAAGUCUUGUUUUUACUCUGUUGAAGGUAGGAGAGUAGAAAUGAAAGACUGAGGUAGUUUGGAACGGGAACAAGUUGGGAUGGUCAGGGCAGGACAGUUAAAACAAGGGGAUUCUGGCUUUCCAUUCUGGAAAUGGUUGAGUUGAAGAAAGUAACAAGGAAGUAGAGGAGAGACAGAGACAGAGAAUGAAGAGAAGAAGAGAGCAAAGGAGAGAAGAAGAAUGAGAGAGAUAAUAGAGAAGUAAAAGAAAGUAAUGAGAUUGAUGAGAAAAGGGAAGUUAGAAGUAAAGAGUUUGUCUUUAUUAUUGGUAACCAGAAUUUAGAAUCUUUGAAGUAAGGUAGCAGAAAAGUGACAUUACCAGCUGGUUCUUAAAAAACAAAACCCAAAUCCCCAAACCUAAAUUACGUAUACACACAAAUACUCAAAAGUUAGUACUUUUUAAAAGCUGUGACUUUAUUUUAGCUUGAUUUUAUGUAAUUUUAUGUCAUUGUUUUGGCAUGGGAA